AUGAGCUAUGACUACCAUCAGAACUGGGGCCGCGAUGGUGGCCCCCGCAGCUCUGGCGGGGGUUACGGAGGAAGCUAUGGAGGCAGCUAUGGAGGAGGCCAUGGGGGGAACCGAGGCUCUGGAGGUGGCGGCGGCGGAGGGGGUGGUCGAGGCGGCCGAGGCCGACAUCCCGGGCACCUGAAAGGCCGCGAAAUCGGCUUAUGGUACGCGAAGAAACAAGGCCAGAAGAACAAGGAAGCAGAGAGGCAGGAGAGAGCUGUAGUGCAUAUGGAUGAACGUCGAGAAGAACAAAUUGUGCAGCUGCUACAUUCUGUGCAAACCAAGAAUGAUAAAGAUGAAGAAGCACAGAUAUCCUGGUUUGCUCCUGAAGAUCAUGGAUACGGUACUGAAGCUCCUGCUGAGAACAAACCAAAUUCAGUAAAGAAUGUUGAGCAUCAAGAAAAAAAAAUGAUAAAUCAAGAAAAGAGGCCAUUUAGAAUCAGGGACAAAUACAUUGAUCGUGAUUCUGAAUAUCUCUUGCAAGAAAAUGAACCAGAUGCAACUCUAGACCAACAAUUAUUGGAAGAUUUACAAAAGAAAAAAACUGACCUUCGGUAUAUUGAAAUGCAGCGUUUCAGGGAAAAGCUGCCUUCAUAUGGAAUGCAAAAGGAAUUGGUAAAUAUGAUUGAUAACCAUCAGGUAACAGUGAUAAGUGGUGAAACCGGUUGUGGAAAAACCACUCAAGUUACUCAGUUCAUUUUGGAUAACUACAUUGAAAGAGGAAAAGGAUCUGCUUGCAGGAUAGUUUGUACUCAGCCAAGAAGAAUUAGUGCGAUUUCAGUUGCAGAGAGAGUGGCUGCAGAAAGGGCGGAAUCUUGUGGCAAUGGUAAUAGUACUGGAUACCAAAUUCGGCUCCAGAGUCGGUUGCCAAGGAAACAAGGUUCUAUCUUAUACUGUACAACAGGAAUCAUCCUUCAGUGGCUUCAGUCAGACCCCCAUCUGUCCAGUGUUAGUCAUAUCGUGCUUGAUGAAAUCCAUGAGAGAAAUCUACAGUCAGAUGUUUUAAUGACUGUUGUUAAAGAUCUUCUCAGUUAUCGACCUGACCUGAAAGUAGUAUUGAUGAGUGCAACAUUGAACGCUGAGAAAUUCUCUGAAUAUUUUGGUAACUGUCCAAUGAUACAUAUACCUGGCUUUACUUUUCCGGUUGUGGAGUAUCUUUUGGAAGAUAUAAUUGAAAAAAUAAGAUACGUUCCAGAACAAAAAGAACACAGAUCCCAGUUUAAGAAAGGUUUCAUGCAAGGGCAUGUGAAUAGACAAGAAAAAGAAGAAAAAGAAGCAAUCUAUAAAGAACGCUGGCCAGGUUAUCUAAGGGAAUUGAGACAAAGGUAUUCUGCAAGCACUGUAGAUGUUAUAGAAGUGAUGGAUGAUGAAAAAGUUGAUCUGAAUUUGAUUGCUGCCCUUAUUCGAUACAUUGUUUUGGAAGAAGAGGAUGGUGCAAUAUUGGUCUUUCUACCAGGCUGGGACAACAUCAGCACUUUACACGAUCUCUUGAUGUCACAAGUGAUGUUUAAAUCAGACAAGUUUAUUAUUAUACCUUUACAUUCUCUGAUGCCAACAGUUAACCAGACACAGGUGUUUAAAAGAACUCCUCCUGGUGUUCGGAAAAUAGUUAUUGCUACCAACAUUGCAGAGACUAGCAUUACCAUUGAUGAUGUAGUUUAUGUAAUAGAUGGAGGAAAAAUAAAAGAGACGCACUUUGACACACAGAACAACAUCAGUACAAUGUCUGCUGAGUGGGUUAGUAAAGCUAAUGCUAAACAGAGGAAAGGUCGAGCUGGAAGAGUUCAACCUGGUCAUUGCUAUCAUCUAUAUAACAGUCUUAGAGCAAGCCUUCUAGAUGACUAUCAACUGCCAGAAAUUUUAAGAACGCCUUUGGAAGAACUUUGUUUACAGAUAAAGAUUUUAAGACUAGGUGGAAUUGCUCACUUUCUUAGUAGGCUAAUGGAUCCACCAUCGAAUGAAGCAGUGUUACUCUCCAUAAAACACCUGAUGGAACUGAAUGCUUUGGAUAAACAAGAAGAAUUGACGCCUCUUGGAGUUCACUUGGCACGAUUACCAGUUGAACCACACAUUGGGAAAAUGAUUCUUUUUGGAGCUCUGUUCUGUUGCUUAGACCCUGUACUCACCAUUGCUGCUAGUCUCAGCUUCAAAGAUCCCUUUGUGAUUCCACUGGGAAAAGAAAAGGUCGCAGAUGCAAGAAGAAAGGAAUUGGCAAAGGAUACUAAAAGUGACCACCUGACUGUUGUGAAUGCAUUUAAGGGAUGGGAAAAAGCUAAACAACGUGGUUUCAGAUAUGAAAAAGACUAUUGCUGGGAAUAUUUUCUAUCUUCAAAUACAUUGCAGAUGCUGCAUAACAUGAAAGGGCAGUUUGCUGAGCAUCUUCUUGGAGCUGGAUUUGUAAGCAGUAGAAAUCCUCAAGAUCCAGAAUCUAAUAUAAAUUCAGAUAAUGAGAAGAUAAUUAAAGCUGUCAUCUGUGCUGGUUUAUAUCCCAAAGUUGCUAAAAUCCGACUAAAUUUGGGUAAAAAAAGAAAAAUGGUGAAAGUUUACACAAAGACUGAUGGAGUAGUUGCUAUUCAUCCUAAAUCUGUUAAUGUGGAGCAAACAGAGUUUAACUACAACUGGCUUAUCUAUCACCUGAAGAUGAGGACAAGUAGUAUAUACUUGUAUGACUGCACAGAAGUUUCCCCAUACUGUCUCUUGUUCUUUGGAGGUGAUAUAUCCAUCCAGAAAGAUAAUGAUCAGGAAACUAUUGCUGUAGAUGAGUGGAUAAUCUUUCAGUCUCCAGCAAGAAUUGCCCAUCUUGUUAAGGAAUUAAGAAAGGAACUAGAUAUCCUUCUGCAAGAGAAGAUUGAAAGUCCCCAUCCUGUGGACUGGAAGGACACUAAAUCAAGAGACUGUGCAGUACUCUCAGCUAUUAUAGACUUGAUCAAAACACAAGAAAAAGCAACUCCCAGGAACUUGCCACCACGUUUCCAGGAUGGAUAUUACAGCUGACAGGUUUUCUCUGGUGCCCUGAAAAGCCAAUAUUACAGCCAUCUUCCAUCACGGUUUAACUUUGGGCCAGAUGCCAAACCCCAGGACAUGAAUAAUUUUAAUGUGUAUAAGAUAGAAACCUUCAGUAGGUAGUAAAGACUUAAUGUGCAUGAAUUAACAGUUGUCUGUAGCUACUAUAAAUACACCAUAAACAACAGUAAGUUCUCUGAUCAUACACUCUUACUGUGGUCAUGUCCACAUUUUGAGAAUAUUCCUUUUAUGUACUUUGAAUGUUGUACCACUUGAGAAAGUCCUUUGUUAUGAAAUAUUAAUCUUUCUGCCCAUAAUGAUCGAGCAUAGAAUCAGUAAAACUAGAAUGAUUAGCCAAAAGCAGUGUCAGAUAAGAAUUUCAGCACAUCCACAUUUUUUCUAAUGGAACUUCUGUCAGAAGUUAAUUAAUUUGUUGUAAUAAAGUCCACUAUCUAAUAAAAUGUACAGUGUGUAAAUCUCAGCUAGCUUUUUGGCUUGGUUUCUGCAUCCCCACCUG